GUUGUGGGAGUGACGCGGAGGUGGACUCAGUCUUCAGGAUGGCGGCAGACAGUAACAAGGAUUCGCUGCACUACCGCCGCUCGUUGGUCAUCGCACCCAAAACGACCACACAGUUCAACCAGUUCCUGCCCACCAAGGACAAGCCGGCGGCCUACGUGCCAGCGCCGCUCCGCAAGAAGCGGGCCGAGCGCCACGAGGACAGCCGCCGAAGCUGGGCCAGCCCCAUGUACACGGAGGAGGAUGGCACCUUCACCAGGUCCGAAUCCUCCAACAACAGAUGCAUAUCCCAGGAUUCCCUGCCCGCCGCCCAACUGCAGUGGGCGUACAAUUACGAGAGUGGCAGUGACGAUGAUUCUGACACCGAGCGGCCGGACCCCGACCUCGUUCUGGACGACCUGGCCAGCCGGCGCUUCCACAGUCCCUCCCCUGCCCUGCCUACCAACUUCGCACUACCAAUCGGCCCUGUGGAGGCCGGGAAUGCCGUGGGAUUAGGAGGAGGGGGAGGAGUGGUUUCAGUGGCGAAAGGAGGGACCUGGCCAACGGUCACAAUGACCACAAACACGAACGCCCCACCGCCGCAGACAGUGACCUGCCUCAGCAGCAGUGGGCCAAUGACACCGAUGUGCUCCCCCCAGCCUCAGAUGGGCUCAGUGAGGGUGGACCACCACCGCCCUCUCCCCACUGAUAGCCUCCUCCGACAGAUGUACGACGAUUCUGAAGACGAGGAAGAUGAUGUUGGGUAUGCUGACCCCGUUCAGGACGACCUGUACGCUCGCAAAGUGGGUGCGUCGCCCAAGUCAACUGUCGACGUGUCAUAUGACAGGUUUCUGCCCAAGUUCUGGACGCCCGAGGAGGACACCCACGUGCAGAAGAUCAAACUGGGGUCCCAGAGGAGACCCUGGUACAAGAAGAUCCAGGGCUUCAGCCGAAAGAAGUCUGGCGGCUCAUCCUCUGACGACUCUGACUGCGAUGUCAGUCACUGGCUCUCCUCAGCCCCUUCCGGCCCCUCCCCCUCCUCUCACCCCCAUGCACCUGAAGGCUCCACCCACACCAGCCUCCCUGCUGCAGGUCAAAGUCCUUACAACACUCAGCCACAACACACUGCCCUCUACCAGCCCCUCAAAAAGCAAGUCACCAACAUCCCAUACUUUGAGCGCUUCCCGGUGGUAUUCCCUGUGAUCGACCCCACCUCAGGCCCCCGGCUGUUCAAAUGCGAGAAGCGUCCUCUUCUGGGGCGUGACAACCCCCUGGAUCCUCCAGAACAGUUGGAUGAGUCCCUGGCGAGCAUCUUCCCUGACCUGGAGAAUGACGACAUGUUCGCCCGACGCACCCAGGCCUUCCACUCCAACCCGGAGCUGGCUGUGCUGAAAACCCGGGUGUGCGUAAACCACUUGUCCGGCCACCUCUACGCCUCGAACCCCCAGCUCAACAUUGUCACCCAGCCGCAGACGCCGGGCAAGGAUAACAAGACCGUCUUCCCCGACAUCGAGCGGGACGACUUCAUCUUCCGCAAGGUCAACCAACCCCAGGGUGGUCGGCGGCAGAGACCACUGUUGGGUGCGGCCGACAGCUACAACCCGAUGACCAUCCCUGAGCCCUGGGCACUGCCUGCCAAGCUCCAGGCGCGGCUGCUCUGCGCCCCCUCACCUUUGACCCAGGAAGUUGAAGCUGAGGGCGGGGAGAACCAUGAGGAAAGAGGAGAUCGUGAUAGGCACCCUAAAACGGACGACAUGUUGCUGAGGAAGUUUGGGGUGGUGCUCGGGGUGGGGGUGGGGGCAGUGCGUGUCCAAAGUCAGCGGUCAUAUCUCGGUAUGUCGGCCAAUCAGAUGGGUCCGUCGCUGCCCACUUCCUGUAGCGAGGGUGACCUGCAGAAGAUGGUGGCGAUUCGGGAGGCGAGUCGGCUGAGGUACAAGAAGAGGAUGAUGAUCGAGAGACUGCUCCAAAAGUCUGACGUUGCUAGCGAUGGGAGCAAAUCAAUGACAGACCUUGCGGUGGACCAGGAGGUCCUGAAGCAGGUGCGCUACGAGGAGCUACAGAAGAUCAGAGAGCAGGUCAAGGAGAACGAAGACCAGUGGCAGGAUGAUCUCACCAAGUGGAAGAACCGUCGCAAGAGCUUCAACUCUGAUAUUGUGAAGAAGAAAGAGGAGAGGGAGCAGACCACAGCAAGCAGCGGAAUAGGGAGCCGCGGUUUCCAGGAUUCCAAUCGGAGCUCCACCGGCAGUCGCCUCAACUCCCUCGCCUCUCUGGACCAGGACGUGUUUGAAGACUCCGCCCCGGUCCUCCGCACCCUCCCUCCGAGGAGCUACACCUUCGACAACCCCUACACCCCUCUUGACCGCCUCAGACCCACUAGCUCCUCCGUGCUAGAGGCGUGCGCUGCCACCACGGCAACCAACAGGGCUGUCUCGCCUUCUAGGGGCAACAUGAGUGACAGUAUCGACAGUCCCUUCGGUUCUGGUAGCGACGCCACCAACAACACUACCACUGUGGGUCGCACCUCCAACUACAACCCCUACGUUCAAGCCCCGAAUCCCUCAGAGAGAGCCCCAAGCCUGGCCUCACGGUACACCAGUGCAGCCAAGACGGAGGAGACCUUCAGCACCACCACCACCCCUAGCCUACUACCCAAAGCGCACGAGCCCAGUCACCCAUGGCUGGGGAAGGUGUCUGAAGAAGUGACCCCAUCCACUGGUGGUGGCUCUCUGUACAAACAACAGCCACAGUACAACUCGGUGGUGAUGGACCCACAGCCCAUGCCUCCUGGUGUGUCUCGGGUUUCUGCCUCUCUCCCCAGGAGCUACAUGAGACCGGACAGCGCUCGGCUCACCUCUGUCAUCAUGCCAAGGCCCUUCGGGAGCCAGUCCACAAGCAUCGCAUCACUGCCCCGCGCCUACACCGCUCCUCUGAUGGCUGACUCUCAGAAAAGUGUGAACGGAGAGACGGAUUUCACCAAGAAGCCGUCGGACCCCAGCCGCUAUAUCCAGGUCAUGACCUCUGAGGACAAGGCGCACUCCCUCUCCAGCUCUGCCCACAGCAGUGAAGAAGAAGAAGAAGAAGAAGAAGAAGAAGAAGAAGAAGAAGAAGAAGAAGAAGAAGAAGAAGAAGAAGAAGAAGAAGAAGAAGAAGAAGAAGAAGAAGAAGAAAGGGGUGUGACCCCCACACUUGCCACAACACUUGCCCCUACCCUGGCCCCUUCUCCUGUCCCUUCUCAGGCCAGGAGUCCUUCACCCGCCCUCCAGACCCCAAAAGUGGCCUACCCAGCCCCAGUCAGUCCGUUACCUACAAAAGACACAAACCAGGAGAGCUACGCUGACAUGCGGAUCAGUCUCAACCAGAAGCCCAACAGCAGUCGAGACUUUGGCUUCCAGGCAGAUUGGGACUCCACUGGAGCACACAUCACCUCCAUCCAACCAGGCAGCCAAGCAGAGCUGUGCCAACUGCAGGUGGGCGACGAGGUGCUGUCGGUGAGCGGGCAAAGGGUGGCAGAGAUGAGCUACAGCAAGUGGAAGAGCAGCACAGAGCAAGCUCUGCAGCAGGGAAGCCUUACCAUGGACAUACGCCGUCACGGCAGGAACAACUGGGACAGAGACCUACCUUCCCUGCCGUUUAAAAGCCACAAGACCAUCAAUCUGACCAGUAUGGAUCAUCAUCCAACAGUUAUAGGUUCCCCUGACACAACCACCGUUAACGCAACCACCCGCUUGGAUUUCACCUCUCGGGGAUCCAUGGAAACCAUCAAGAAGGUCACUACCCAACCAAUCAUUGAUAUGGCAUCCAAUGGAGUGAAUGGAGGCUUCCGUGACGAGACAGUGACCGUGAGAAACAAAGAACCCAUAUCCAUGAAAAAUUUAAAACGGAGGUCAGAGUUUUUUGAACAAGGAGGAUCAGAGUCGACAAAAUCAGAUAUGCCCGUUGCCUCCAUCGCUCCCUCCUCUAACCGCUUGUCCUGGGACCCGGAGGAGGAGCGCAGGAGGCAGGAGAAAUGGCAGAAGGAGCAGGAGAGACUCCUACAGGAGAAAUAUCGUCGUGACCAGGAGAAACUGGAGGAGGAGUGGCGUCGGGCCCAGCAGGAGGCUGUGGUAGAAGGGGGAAGACACCACCAAGAGGAGCCGAGAGACCUGAAGAUGGACAGCAGGAGUAUCGGCCCCCACUCCCCCCUCCGCCAGCCUACCACGCCCUGGGAGGAAAGGGGGAGGAGGGAAGAGGAGGAAACACAGCGAAGACAGGAGGAGGAAGAAAGGAGGAGAGUGGAGGAGGAGCAGCAAAAGUGGGAGGAGGAGAGGAGGACGGAGGAGGAGGAGCGAGAGCUGCUGCGUCUUCAGGAGGAGAGGAAGAGGAGGGAGAAGCAGGAGGAUGAGGAGAGAAGACAGAGGGAAAAGGAGGAGCUGAGAUGGCAGAGGAGGAAGGAGGAGGAGAGGGAGGAGAGGAGGCGCCAGGAGGCUGCUGAACAGCAGCACAGGGAGAAAGAGAAAAUGCAGGAGCAGCAGCAAUGGGUCGGGGACUCCUAUGGCUAUGCCAAGGCCCAGCCUGAGAUAUCCAUGGCAGACAGGGCAAAGUCGAAAUCUACUCCCGAGCUGGACGACGUGGAGAAAACAGAGACUAAAGGCCGGUACGGCAGCUCGGGGGGCAUGGCCCAGAGGUUACUGGAGGAGGAGUUGAGACGUAAAGCAGACAAAAAGGCCCAGAGUCUCCGGGCUGCGUCAGAGCUGGAGUUGGAGAGGAGAGACAUCCUAAACGCCAUGAGAUACAGAGAGCCAGAAAGAGUGACUAGCAGCGGUGGGAUAGGCGAAGGAUUGGGGAGGAAAGGCCAGCAGAGCGUACCCCAGGCGGAGCUGGAGAGGCAGCAGAUCCUGCAGGAGAUGAAGAAGAAGACCAACCUGGUCACAGACAACAGCUGGAUCCGCCAACGCUCCACCAGCACCACCACCAGCAAGGACCCCACUGCCAGCCCCAUCAGGAGAGGCGAGUCUCUGGACAACCUGGACACCGAGCCCCGUUCUUCCUGGCGCUCGUCAUGGACACCGGGAAGCACCUCGUCCAUCCCCAACUACAGCCAGCCUCCUUUAGCCCUUUCUGGCCUCAAAACGACAUCCUCCUAUGGCGGUGUUGCCUACGGUGGUGGUGGCUACGGCAGCGGGGUCGGAAGUCGUCCUGGCUUAGCCACCCUGCCCUCCUCCCUCUCCAUGAGCUCCCUCAGAGAGGCCGGGGGGUGUAACCCCACCCCUUCUCUUGGCCCCGAACCCGAGUCACGCCCAUCCUCACAGCAACGCAGCAGGUCAGUGAGUGGCAAGAAAGUCUGUACGUUCUGUGACACGGUGCUGGGCAAGGGAGCCGCCAUGAUCAUCGAGUCCCUGGGACUCUGCUAUCAUUUGACCUGUUUCAAGUGCAUCGACUGUAAGUCUGACCUAGGAGGAUCGGAGGCCGGAGCUGAGGUCAGAAUACGUAAACAACAGCUCUACUGUAACUCCUGCUACAUGCGAUUCAAAAUUGGACAGCCAACGUCCAUGUGACAACGCUUUACUACAGUAGAGAAAGGACUACUUGACAACAACCCAUGACCACUGCAACCAGCCGUAACUUCAGAUGUAUUAAUGUGUUUUGUGAUUUGACAAAAAGCGCUGAUUCUUCAAUUAACAACUAUCUUAUUCUUUAUUUCUACUGUACGCUUGAGAGGGUGAGAUUGACCAAAAAAGUGAAAAUGUUGAUAUCAACGUAUUAUUUUUACCAAUUGCUUGUAUGAAGUAGGAGGGAUGUGCAUGCACCUGCGAGUUUUAGACUUUUAGCUGAAAAUAGGGUUGGAAAAUUCUGAAAACUUUCCCAAAUUUCAUGGGUUUAUCAGAAAUCACUGGGGGGGGGGUUUGGGAAUUUUGCAACCCUAAUGAAACUGGUCCCGUGUGGCUCAGUUGGUAGAGCAUGGCGCCAGGGUUGUGGGUUCAAUUCCCAUGGGGGGGACCAGGAUGAAUAUGUAUGAACUUUCCAAUUUGUAAGUCGCUCUGGAUAAGAGCGUCUGCUAAAUGACUUAAAUGUAAAUGAAACAAUACUGGAAAUUGAUUUUGGUCAUGUUCAUGAGAUUAUUGAUCCUGUUUACUUCAUAUUUCAGAGAUGUAAGAGGUUUCAUGUUAGGCUGGGGGGGGGGAGUCUGCGAUUUAUUCUCAUUUUCGCCUGCAAAUCUUUUAGUUACAACAAGUUUGUUGUUGACUCUAUUUUUAUCGAUGUGCCUUUUUUGUUUGUGAUGGGGGGAGAUUAUUUAAAGUAAAUGGAUUGAAAAUAUAUUUAAAAACUAGCAUGAUUUGUUAGAGAGAGAGAACUUAUUGGGGAGUUGUUGUUUCGCAUUAAUCUUAUACAUUUUAGGAGUUAACAUUUUUGGGGGGCUGAGAAAAAUGUAAAUCGUUAUAAUGUAUGGCAUUAAGGCAAAAUUUGUAAAUAAAAUGAGUAAAUCGUG